UUUUCCUUCUUUCUCUUAAGAGAGACAGUCCGUAGUAUGCACCCACCCAGCGAGAGCAUUGUAGCUUUUAAGGCUGCUGUGGCACGGGAAGAUGAUGCCUUUACUGGCUCUAUCAUGUCAUAUGAUGAAUUAUCAAUCUGGGCAACAGAAAGAUGCAUUCCUCUUGUAAGAGAGAUAACUUUCCAAAAUGCAGAAGAACUUACAGAAGAAGGUUUGCCUUUCUUGAUCCUCUUCCAUGCUCCAGAUGAUACUGAAAGUAUGAAAAGAUACACAGCUCUGGUACAAGAGGAACUUGCGGAUCAGAAACAAAAUGUUAACUUCUUGACAGCAGAUGGUGUUCAAUUUGCUCACCCUCUGCACCACCUUGGCAAAUCAAAGAACGACCUUCCUCUUAUUGCUAUUGAUUCCUUCAGACACAUGUACCUGUUUCCAGAUUACAAUCAAGCAUACCUGCCAGGGAAAUUGAAGGCUUUCUUAGCAGAUUUGUACAGUGGGAAACUUCACCGAGAAUUUCACUAUGGCCCAGAUCCUGAAACCACAGAGGAACCGCAGCAGAUUGAAGACAAGUCUGGUGGCACUGCUGUCCCCAAAAAGGAGAAAGCAACAACGCCUCCCGAAUCCACCUUCAAGAAGCUUGCACCUUCAAAGAACAGAUAUACACUUCUAGACAAGGAUGAGCUGUAGGUGAAGAUCUCGGAGCCACCUAUGACUGGGAUGGGAAGGGGGCCGGAUGGGUAAUGAGUAAAUUCAACAUUAAUGAGCUCAUAGUGUCAAAAAUAAAUUCAUAGAAGAAGCAUUAUAUGGGUUAUAUGACUAUAUUAUUGCAUUAUUGGAUUAUUCUAGACAAUCAAAAUUUGGAUUGGGAUUUUCAGCUCAAGAAACUUGUAUUAUUGAAAAUUAUGUUAGUUGCCAUUUUAUUUUUAUAGAACUAUCUUAAAAGGUUAUAUCUUAUUAAAUAAGCAAUGGUGAUCUUUAUACAAGAUAUUAUGAUACAGUGUGACCUGUAAUGAAUGUUAUUUUCCAAUAAUCUGCAAUGCAGUCAGAAGUAUUGAAAAAAGUAUUUUAUAAUUAUUAAUGAAAGUUAAAUAUUUAGUAGUUCAGUGACCUUGAUUGUUUUCAGUCCCUAAAGGAUGUGGUAUUUGAUUUUUAUUUCUGUAACUUUUGUUAAAAAUCUGAUGUUAUUUGAGGAAUUUGUAGAUAUAAAUGUUAUGAGUAAUAUGUUAAAGCCAGAUUUAUUUUUCUUCUAUCAUUGGUGUGCUUUUGAGAAUUAUGCAUGAUUUUGGUGUGUGAGGAAUGUGUAUGUGUAUAUGAUGUGAUUAAUUAAUUUCACAAUGCUAGAGUGAAAGGUUUUCUUUUAAGUAGAACUUGGGUAUUAACAGUAAAAUAUGAGAGAUUUCAACUGCAGUCAUCGAUUGGAGUGUUUGGAAAAUAGCAGCAUUUAUUUGUACUAAAUACUGCAAUAUAUCAAGUCAGUUAUUAUAAAAAGGAAAUUAAAAACUUGGUUUUGUAUGACAUAAGUUGUUUUCUUGUUUUCAGGAUGUAUUUAUAUUGUAAUGUUAGGCCUGAUAUGGCAGUUCUUGCCAUGAUUUUCUGAAAGAUCAUCCUAUAGUUGCAGAGAAAUUACUAUUUUAUAGUAUGCACACUUUAUUGGAAUACAUUGUGCAGUUUUUGUCUCCAUGAUUUUGGAAGGAUAUGUCAGUAUGUAAACUUUAAACUCCAUAAGUUUAGAGAUCAAUAAAUGUCAUAUUAAUAAGACAUCACAUAGCUAUAGGGCCACUCAAAUUGCUGAAAAAUUGCUAGUUUUCAUAUUUUCUGCAGUUUCAUAACUUAACAGAAUGAUCAAGUGGAAGCCAAUUUUUUUAUAUAUAUAUAUAACAGCAGAGUUUAAAGUACUUUUGCAUCUUGAAAGUUUGUUGAAGAGCUAACUAGUCUAUUCUCUGGCUCAGAAGACCAAUGAAAUAUCAGCAGAAGUACAGAAGAAUAAGUGACUAAUCUGUGUCCUACUUCCUUAUUUAAUUCUGAGUGAUAGAAGUGUCUAAAUUGUGUAGUAAUAUAUUGUCAAAAUUAAUAACAGUGUCUUGAAAUGAUUGACGAUAAACUGACUUUUCAACAGCUCUACAAAAAAGGAAUGGUUUCUAAUGAUUGGCACCAAAGUCAAAUAUUACGUGUUUUGAGUGGCAAAUUACCAGAAUAAGAUGUGUUGCUUUUUCAUAGGUACUUAAUUCUUGAUAUGGAUAAGCAUUACCACAUGCCAAUUACUUGAAGAUCUAAACAAGUAAUGCAUAGGGAUAUGUUUUUUAAAUGAUCAUAAGAAUUACACUAGAAGAGAGAAAAAUUUGUCUUUGGUGUUGUGUAGCAAGAGCCUCUUUGUUCCAGCCAGAGGAUGCUUUAAUAAAGUUAUCUACAAGGUAUAAAUAUUUUUCCAAACAAUGUUUUUUCGAGUGAAAGAAUCAUUUUUGAUGUGCUUUUCCAUUUACCCAUAUUGUGUAUGUGUCAAAGUAUCAUCUGUGUGCUGCACUGUGUACAAAACCAUUCCAUGGCUCAUGAUCUUCAGAGCUGUAAGUUUGUGUGUUCAUCUUGGAUAAUUAAAAUUUGAUAAGGAGAUGUAAAUCAACCUCCCAUUCAGAAU